CGCUCCUUGGCGCAUUGUUCUAGACUUCAGCCAGGGCUACAAAUGCCCCAACUGUAGCAGCAGAAGAAACACUUUUCCCAAAAGGAUCCCCACUCAUAAAUGCAGUGGAAGAAGAAGUUUACUCGAUUGAAAGCAGCUACUGGAAAUUCGCGUGUGCGAAGAAUGCUUUGUUGUGGACGUAGAAAGGAGAAUGGAAGAUCAGUUCCUGAUGUUACUGCCAGUCCGGGACGUGCGCCGCCCGGCCCGCUGCCCGCCAAUCAGCUGUCCGGUUUGGGCAACCAGCAGCAACACCAUCAUGCCAACCAGCAGCAGCAACAACACCAGCAGCAACAUCAUGGCAACCAGCAACAGAAUCGCAGUCAAGGUGGCAACUCCAAUGCCACCGGCGGUGGCAAGGAUCCGGUGUUGCUGCAGGGAGAUUUCCGCAAGGUCAGCGGCAUCAGUUCGGAAAUCUUUCGACAGAUAGAAGCCGUUGAGAAUGAUCAUGAUCCAAAUACGGCGGCUGCUCUGGAGGCUGUCGAACGUCGAGGCGAGAUGAUUGUACGCAUUCUGGAGCCACGUUCCAUGGGCAGCAAACAGGCUGUGGAUGCGGCCCAUAAGCUAAUGAACAAGGCCGAUGGCCGGCACACCGUUCAACUGGUUGAGAUCGUCAAACGGCCCGGCCAGACACUUGGCCUCUAUAUACGCGAGGGAAACGGCGCCGAUCGCACCGAUGGCGUCUUCAUAUCCCGCAUUGCUCUUGAGUCGGCGGUCUACAACAGCGGCUGCCUAAGGGUGGGCGACGAAAUCCUGGCCGUCAAUUUGGUUGAUGUCACACACAUGUCGCUCGAUGAUGUCGUCAUCAUCAUGUCAAUUCCCCGACGGCUGGUGCUGGCCAUUAGGCAGCGGAGGGGCAAUCGUGGAGCUGGUUCACCCGGACCGCCGACGUUGUCAAGGCCGGAACAGAAGCCGCCGCCAGUUGUGGUGAUUAAGCGUGAUAUCCGAGAUGAGGAUCUGGAUGAAACGGAUCGAAUGCCGCGCCCGCGUUCAUCACGUGAAAGACGUACAGGAGAUGGACGCGAGAUGACCGAGUCACGUUCCAGACUAGGAUUGGGCCUCAAUAACUACAGUCCGCAGUCGGAGCAACUGGACAUGUAUUACAACACACGAGCCGGAGUCAAUGCCAUGGGCGAGCCACCGAAUUGGGGAUAUAAACCACCGCCGCCGCCAUCGUCGGUGAUCACAGAGCAGCCCACCAAGGGACACGCGUUUGCGCCCUCUCACGCCUACUAUCAGAAUGCCGGCACUCUGGAGAGUCUUGCGGAGAAGGUGCACGCCUUCUAUCCAGGUGCACCUGGUCAGCCAGUUGGUUCCUCGCGACGCAUGUCCACGGGCACCGGCAACGUUGGAUUGGCCCAGCAGCAUGCACGAUUCCCGCGCUCCGGCUCGGAUCAGCAUUUGCCGCGGGUGGAGUACGCCGAUUAUUCCAACUCUUUGGGUCGCCACUCGCUGCUGCGCUCCAGCUUGAAACCUGGGACGGGUGCUCCGAUGCCUGUGGGCGUUGGCGGUACCUUGGGUCGCUAUGGACGCUACGAGCAACAGCGAGGCGGAGUUCCAAAGUACGGACCGCCGGCAGCGGGUGCUCAGUCAUUGACACGCCGCUCUCGACCCAAUCUGGACUACUCCAGCGAUACGGAGGCUACGAUUGGACCACGACCUAGUUACUACUACUAUAAUCGGCCCGCCAUUGGCAGCAUGCCACGUGGUGCAAGUGGCGUGAGUGGAGGAGCGGCUGCAGCAGCUGCUGCUAUGCUGGCCGGCGGCACCGAUCUCAACAAGUUCAACUCACUGCCCCGGGAGCGUCCGGGCGUUAGAUUACAGGGCAUGCGCUCGCGUCUGGGAGAUCGCUUGAUCGAUGAGAACGAUGGCAAUAUUUCGGCGCCGGAAUUUGAUGCGCGCCGUGGACGGGAUCUUCGACAACGCAUCACAGCCAGUCCGGGCCCCUCGAUCUUUACGGCGGACGAGUAUCGCGCCUGGUUGAGACGGGCACCGAGCAGUUCCGCCAUCGCGGAACAGAUGCGCAUGACCCGGGACAUGUUCGCUCAGCCACGCUCUCAUCGAUUCUCCUGCAGCGCUGAGAAUAUUCACGAUGCCCUCAGAAAUACGGAGAGCAUUUACUCCAGCAGAACGGGUAUUCUCGGCGCUGGCACGCUGGAUCGUAAUCUAGGACUGACCCGACCCAUUUCGGCAUUGCCCGUGCGUUCCAUGUCCUCGCAGCAUAUAGGCGGGGCCGGUUCCAUACGCUCGCCGAGCAUACGACGAAUGCGACAGCUGCUGGAGUUGUCAGCGGGUCCGGCUAGUCCCAGUGGCAGCAUCAUGAGCACCGCUGGCCAUCAGAGUCCGGCACCCACACCAAGCGCGACGUUGCCGCGUCCCCAUCGCCAGAUCGACAUCAAUCCGGCAGAGUUCGCCAAGUACAAGCUGGACAAGCCCAUUGUCGACAUUGGUGGCAUCUCUGGCAUGCUCUGGAUACAUCUGCUGGCAGGACGUGGUCUACGCACAGCCCCAGAGAUGGGCGCACAGCAUGCGGCCGGAGGAGCACCACCUCAACAAACCAGAGAUCUCUACUGCGUAAUUGAGUGCGAUCGUGUGCAUAAGGCACGCACUGUGGUGCGCUCGGGUGAUCUACAGUUUGACUGGGAUGAGUCCUUUGAGCUGGAUCUGGUGGGUAACAAGCAACUAGACGUGCUCGUCUACUCCUGGGAUCCACAGCACAGGCACAAGCUGUGCUACCGCGGUGCCAUCUCACUCUCCUCUGUGCUGCGACAGUCGCCGUUGCAUCAGCUGGCGCUGAAAGUGGAGCCGCGUGGCACGAUCUAUAUACGCAUGCGCCACACGGAUCCCUUGGCGUUAUACAAGCGUCGAGGAUUGCCCAGCCUGCGUGCCGGCUAUCCAACAUUGUUUGGCGCUGAUCUCGAGACGGUGGUCAAUAGGGAGUCCAAGGGUGCUCCCGGCUGCGCCCCAGUGCCAAUUGUGCUGAGACGUUGCGUGGAGGAGGUGGAACGCCGUGGUCUUGACAUCAUCGGACUGUAUCGCCUAUGCGGAUCGGCGACCAAGAAGCGUCUGCUGCGCGAGGCCUUCGAACGCAAUAGCCGUGCCGUGGAAUUGAGCCCGGAACACGUUCCUGAUAUUAAUGUUAUUACCGGAGUGCUCAAGGAUUACCUCAGGGAGCUGCCCGAGCCGCUAUUUACGCGUUGUCUCUUCCAGAUGACAGUCGACGCUUUGGCUGUCUGCCUGCCAGAUGAUCCCGAGGGCAACGCCAAGCUGAUGCUUAGCAUCCUCGACUGUUUGCCCAGGGCGAAUAGGGCCACCUUAGUGUUCCUGCUGGAUCAUCUGUCGCUCGUGGUGUCCAAUUCGGAGCGCAACAAGAUGUCGGCUCAGGCGCUGGCCACUGUGAUGGGCCCACCGCUGAUGCUGCAUUCGGCGAGCGCACAGCCAGGAGCUGACAUUGAUCAUGCCCAGCCGAUAGCGGUACUUAAGUAUCUGCUGCAGAUCUGGCCGCAGCCACAGCAGACGCAGCAUCAGCAGAUGGCGCAGCACAGCGUCAUUGGUGGCUUGGCCAAUGCCAGCAGCAUGAGCAAUAUGGCGGGUGUUGCUUCAGGUCGGCGCGGCGAGUCAACAGGGCAGCGUGGAAGCAAAGUCAGUGCGUUGCCAGCGGACAGACAGCAAAUUCUACUGCAGCAGCAGCAGCAGCUCAUGGCGGCACAGGGCAACCUACUGCGCUCGUCCACUUCGGUAACCAACAUACUCUCCCAAGGCCAUCAUCCGCUCUCAGCCACAGCCAACAGUCAUCUGUAUCAAUCAGUAGUGGGUCAGUUAGCUCAAUCGCAUCGAGCCUUGCAACAAGCGGUGCAACAGCCCUAUCAAUUGGCGGGCUCAGCGGUCUCAGCAAUUCCCGACCAAUCGCCACUGCCACUUCCAGGCACACCCUCCCCCGGCAGUAGCUCAGCGUCGACGGGCUCCGGCUCGGGAUCGGGCUCAGGCAAGAGCACUGAUACCAUCAAGCGCGGUGCCUCGCCAGCCUCAGUUAAGCAAGUGAAGAUCAUUGACACGCCCAGUCCGUACUCCAUCGUGCAGAAGAAGCCGCCGCUGCAGAAGGAUGCGCCCAUCGACAUAGCCACGCCCACCGGCCAGUCAGAGGCCAGUUCAUCAAGUCGCAAAGGCGUUGACUUCUACGAACCGCACAAAUCCAAGUCUGGCGAGGACUCGUACAGCUCCAAGUAUAACAGCAGCAGCUUGGACACCAAGAAGAGCAACUACACCAGCAGCUACACGCACGGCAAAUCCUCUACAGCGAGCAAUGGCAGCACCACUGGCACCACCAUCGAUGACUACAAGGCCAUUCGCAACAAGUCGAGUGCCACCUCCAGCUCGAGUUCAUCGCAGGCGACGGUGUUGAGUGCAGGAUCCACAGCCACUUCGGCACCGACCACCUCCUCCGAUGACUCCGACGACUUGGUUUCGUACAAGUCCUCGGCUUCCACAAAUGCGCUGCUGGCACAAUCGCAGGCAAUGACCACCAGCCAACUGAUGUCCAAGUAUCUGAAGAGGGAGCCACGUGUGCAGUUUACACCCAUCAAGUCACCAGAGUCACCCUCCCCGCCCGGCGGUGGCGAUGGCCUGCCCAAGGGCACCUAUCAACUGAUCACACCCAGCUCCAGCACCAGCUGCUUGGCAAAGCCCAGUGCCACCACCGGCGCCAUCAGCAAAUACACCACAUCAUCAGCAGCGGAGGCCAGCACAAAUCUCAACAGCAGCGGUAGCAGCAGCAGCAAGUUGUCGUCGCCCUCGAGAUUGGCCAAGGAUGGCAAGUCGAGUGGUGCAGUAAGUAGCUCCUCUUCCCUUGUGUCGAGCGGCAGGCGACUGUUUGACAGUCUCGCCUCGUCGUCAUCCUCGGAAACGGAAACAAAGACUUACAUAGGCGGCACCACUGUUGCCAGCGGGUCCAGCACCACCACAACCUACACAAACGAGUCUAGAAAUGUAGGCAGCAGUAGCAAUAAGUCGGGUACGGGAUCGGGAACGGGGUCGGGAACGGGUACAGAGCAUAGAAGUUUUGGCAGCACUUUAUUCGGCAGCAGUGCCUUGGGCAAUGGAAAUGGCAAUGGCAAUGGUAAUGGCAAUGGACAUGGCUCAAGCAGCCACGCCCACAACAGCCCCUUUACUAGCAGCAAUGGCCACAAUGCCAUGAACUUGUAUGGCACGUUGCCAAAGAAUGGUGUUGCCAAUGGCAGCGGCAGCAGUGCUGGUGCCACACUCUUUGGGGCAAGCACCUCGACCAGCUCCUCUUACCACUCGGGCAGCGGCACGGCCAGCAGCAGUGGGGUUAGCUCCAUGACGGGCUCCACGAAUAGCUAUGAUUUCUAUACCAGCGGCAGCUCGGGCAGCCACAGUUCGCGGCCCUUGGCCAAUGGGGGCAACAACUAUCAUACGCUGGGCACCUAUCGGGCUCAGUAUGCGGCAACAAAUCCCUUUCUCGAUGCCUUCGAUGAGAAGCCCAGUAGCAAUGGAGGUGGCAGCCAUCACCAUGCCGAGGAUAAGCAUGCUCUGAGCACGGACAAGAGUCAUCAGCGUGCCUCAAUGGUGGCAGCCUUUCAAUCUUCGGGUGACUCGAAGAACGGCAGCGAUGAGUACGAUGAUCUCAAGUGAGUGUCUCAAAAGUCUCAGUCUCAGUGAGAUUGUUACAAAUGCUGAAAGCCUUUUUUUCGAGUAUUUACAGUUUACAAAUUUACAACAGCAAAAUAUGCUAGAAUACAAAACAUGCGAGUAUUAAUAAUUCAAGGCUUAAAUGAAAACGAAAAAGCAAAACAAAUAAACAUAAACAAAACGAAUUUUGAAGAUCAUAUUAAAUUACAGCUGCAGCAGGAAAUCUUAUAAAAAUUUAAAAUGGCUGCCACGCUUUAAGUGUUUGUCUGUUUGAAUGUGUGCGUGUGUGUGUGAGUAUGUGUGUGUUUGCCUUAGCAGCAUUUACAUAUCUGUUAAGCUCAACAGUUGGCAGCCAUUUUAUUGCUAAAGAGAUAUCAACAAUAAACAUUUACGAACAGUAUUCAAAUCCAAAAA